ACGCGCUUGGUGGUGGCGGCGCCAAGAUGGCGGCAGAGCGCGCGGAUGCGGCGGCGGCGGCGGCCGGGCCCGGGGAGCCCCUCAGGGACCCCCGAGCCCCGGAGCGCUCGCCCUACGCGGGCUGGGCCCACCCCGAGCUCCAGGCCACGCUCGCCGGCAUCGGAGCCCCCGCGCAGGGGACCCGUGAGGAGCUGCUGGAGAGGCUCCAGGCCUACACCCUGCAGACUGGGAUCGUGCUGAGCCGCCCCGCCCUGCGCCCUGAGGAGGGGGACAAGGCCCCGCCCCCCCAGCUGCCCCCAGCGCUGCCCCUGCAGCACCCCCUGGUGCCCCCCCCUCCCCCGCCGGGGCUGGGGCUCGGUUUCGGCCUGGGGGGGCCCGUGGGGGGGGUCCCGGUGCCGCCGCCGCCCCCCCCCGCGGGGCUCUCCGAGGAGGAGCGGCUGACGCUGGCCCAGCAGCAGGCGGCCAUGCUGCUGCAGGAGGAGAGGGCUCAGGGCCAGCACCCGUUUGGGGACAAGGCCAAGGAGCAGGAGCUGCUGGAGCAGCAGAAACGGGCCGCGGUGCUGCUGGAGCAGGAGCGGCAGCAGGAGAUGGCCAAGCUGACCCCCCCCCACCCCCCGCGCCCCCCCCGAGGGGGCUCCCAUGGCUGCCAGGACCCCCCUGGCCCCCCGAGGUGAGGGGGCACCCUGGGGAGGGUGGGUGGGUGGGUGGGUGGGUGGGGGACACCUUUGUCCCCUGUCCCCUCCCCCUCCAAAGGCUGAUGUCACCUUUGUGUCCCCACCCCAGGCAGCCCCAUGGGAGCCCCCCUGGCCAUGGGAGCCCCCCGGCCCCGUGGGCCCCCCCCGCCCCCCGGUGACGACAGCAGAGAGGCCGAGGACUCCGGGGUGGGCCCCAAGAUCCCUCAGGCUCUGGAGAAGAUCCUGCAGCUCAAGGAGAGCCGCCAGGAGGAGCUGGUGACAGUGCCGGGGGUCUCGGCCGAGGACGAGAUGGAGACGGAGCUGCGGGCGUCGGCGUCGGCCUCCGAGGCUGAGGAGGACACGGGGACAUCCAAGAAGGAGCGGAACCGGAAGCGCCGGAACCGCAAGAAGAAGAAGCGGGGGAGGGGCGGGGCCCGGGAGGGGGCCCCAACCCCGACCCCCGCCCGGGGGGACCCCGAGCCCCCCGCCGGGGACACCCCCGAGGUGGAGAUCGAGUACGUGAGCGAGGAGCCCGAGAUCUACGACCCCAACUUCGUCUUCUUCAAGAGGAUCUUCGAGGCCUUCAAGCUGACGGACGAGGUGAAGAAGGACAAGGAGAAGGAGCCGGAGCGGGCGGAGCGAGCCGAGAGCGCCGGGGUGCCCCGGAAAAAGGGACCCGAGGAUGGCACCAGGGGCAGUGAUGGGGACAGCUCCGAGGACGAGCAGGAGAAGAAGCAGGAGGUCCCCAAGCUGUCCAAGAAGAAGCUGCGGCGCAUGAACAGGUUCACGGUGGCCGAGCUGAAGCAGCUGGUGGCCCGCCCGGACGUGGUGGAGAUGCACGAUGUCACCGCGCAGGACCCCAAGCUCCUGGUGCACCUGAAGGCCACGCGGAACUCGGUGCCGGUGCCGCGGCACUGGUGCUUCAAGAGGAAAUACCUGCAGGGCAAGAGGGGCAUCGAGAAGCCGCCCUUCGAGCUGCCCGAGUUCAUCAAACGCACCGGCAUCCAGGAGAUGCGCGAGGCCCUGCAGGAGAAGGAGGAGCAGAAGACCAUGAAGUCCAAGAUGAGGGAGAAGGUGCGGCCCAAGAUGGGCAAGAUCGACAUCGACUACCAGAAACUGCACGACGCCUUCUUCAAGUGGCAGACCAAGCCCAAGCUGACCAUCCACGGGGACCUCUACUACGAGGGGAAGGAGUUUGAGACGAGGCUCAAGGAGAAGAAGCCGGGAGAUCUCUCGGAUGAGCUGCGGAUCGCGCUGGGCAUGCCCGUGGGGCCGAAUGCCCACAAGGUGCCCCCCCCGUGGCUGAUCGCCAUGCAGCGCUACGGACCCCCCCCCUCGUACCCCAACCUCAAAAUCCCGGGGCUCAACUCCCCCAUCCCUGAGGGCUGCUCCUUUGGGUACCACGCCGGGGGCUGGGGGAAGCCGCCCGUGGACGAGACGGGGAAGCCGCUCUACGGGGACGUGUUUGGCACCAACGCCGCCGAGUUCCAGACCAAGGAGGAGGAGGAGGAGAUCGACCGCACGCCCUGGGGGGAGCUGGAGCCCUCGGACGAGGAAUCCUCGGAGGAGGAGGAGGAGGAGGAGAGCGAUGAAGAAAAACCAGAUGAGACUGGCUUCAUCACCCCUGCCGACAGUGGGUUGAUCACCCCGGGGGGCUUCUCCUCGGUGCCGGCCGGGAUGGAGACCCCGGAGCUGAUCGAGCUCCGCAAGAAGAAAAUCGAGGAGGCCAUGGACGGGAGCGAGACCCCCCAGCUGUUCACGGUGGUCCCCGAAAAGCGCACGGCGACCGUGGGCACGGCCAUGAUGGGCUCCACCCACAUCUACGACAUGUCUGCGGUGAUGGGGCGCAAAGGCCCGGUGGCCGAGGCGCAGGGCGUGGAGGUGGCCCUGUCCCCAAUGUCCCCAAUGUCCCCAUGGUGUCCCCACAG